GUGACGUUAAAGUUUUGGAAAACAUGAGCAAUCAUGCAAAGCUGACGGGCAAUGCGGGCCGCAAAUCGAAUAUAUUUCAAAUACGUAUCGACAGUGUGGACGAUGAGAGCACUGCACCCAUAACGGAGGCCAAUUCGCGUGAGGAUCUAAUUGACAGUGCGACGCGCGAGAGCGAGAGCGAGACAGCAGCUAUUGAGCAGACAGCAUUUCAAUUUCCAAGAUUCCUUUCGGUGCCCACGCUACGCAAUUCGCAGCACAGUUCGUUGGGCACGUCGCGGCGCCAAGUUGUCUCGAGUCCAGCGAAAAGUGAGCGUAUGAUACGCAGCAACCAGAUCAAGCUGCGACCCAGAAGACUCAGCCAGGAUAGCGGCAUAGUGGCUGGCCGUUUAGUUGGUUAUGCUGAGAGUCCUUUAAUUGAACUGGAUCUGCAGUCGCCACCCAUCGAGCCCAACGUCUCUGCCGAUAAUAUUUACAACUUUCUAGAAGUUGAGCGGCAGGCGGUGAACCAAAGUCCAAUGUCUGUGGGCCAUUCCAUUACGCCAAAGCCCAGCUUGGAGCUGAGCUCCAACAACAGAAUCAGCUCUGCUGCGUACACAGAGAAAUGGCUGAACUCGUCGAUGAUGCGCGGCAGCAAUGGCUCGUUCUAUCAGAAGGUCAACUCCAUUGCAGUGCCAUUGCCCACACAUCUGGAGACGGAGUCGGCGGAGCCGAGUCCCACACAGGCGUUUGGGCCGCGCAUUGUGGGCAACCACGAUGAGGAUAUACCUGGCACGGCAAUGCGUCGCACUCUGGGCCUGAAUCUCAGUCCGACUCUGGGUGGACGCAGAGCCAGUCAAGCCGACCCCAGUGUCAAGGACGCCUACGAAGCUGUAGAGUCAUCCCACUCGAAUGUGCUGUCCGACCAAUUCGGCUAUAAGCAAUUGCUGCCAGCCGAGCGGAAGACAUCCACCGACGAGAGCAGCAUCAAUGGCAGCUACCUGAGCAGCCGCAAGGCCAGCAAGAGCAACAGCCUCACGGGCGAUGGCAGCGAGGAGCGACGUGUGAGCAAACAGGAUCGCGAGGGUCUCGAUCCGGAAUCGCUGAUGUUUCGCGAUGGCCGACGCAAGGUGGACAUGGUGUUGGCCUGGGAGGAGGAGGAUCUGGGCGUAAUGACGGAAGCGGAAGCACGACGCCGUGAUAUUAGACGCACCUUUAUGGACAAUCUAGUGAAGGAGGGCCUCGAAGUGGAGCUGGAGGACAAAUCACAAUCGUUCAAUGAGAAAACCUUUUUCCUCAAAAUUCACCUCCCCUGGCGCCUGGAGACACGCCUGGCCGAGGUCAUGAACCUGAAGUUGCCCAUCAAACGCUUCAUAACCAUAUCCGUAAAGCCUUCUUGGGAUGAGGAGAACGUGGUCAUGCGUAAUGUGCACUACUGGAAGGAUGUUUGGCAGCGUUUAACUAAAAAGAUACAGCUGGACAAUAGUCUGCUUGAGGGCGAGACCACAUUCAAAGCGGCCACGGCCAAUGGCAAUCCGGAGGAGCAGUUCAUUGUAAAGGAUCGCGCCACAGCGUAUACGGGUGCGCAACGCUCGCUGAUGGUUAUGCAGGUGUUGAUUCGGACGCCGUACGAUGACGGCGAUCGCAAUGGCAUUCGGCGUCUGCUCAACGAUGGCACCUACUUGGCCUGCUUUCCGUUGCACGAGGGACGCUAUGAUCGGCCGCACUCGAGUGGAAUAUCGCUGGAUCGUCGCGUUCUGUAUCAGACCUGGGCACAUCCCUCGCAGUGGUACAAGAAGCAGCCGCUGUGCCUUGUGCGCAAAUAUUUCGGCGACAAAAUCGCUCUCUACUUCAGUUGGCUGGGCUUCUACACCGAAAUGCUCGUCUAUCCAUCGGUUGUGGGCACUCUUUGCUUUAUUUAUGGACUGGCCACACUCGAAUCGGAGGAUAAUACGCCCAGCAAGGAGAUCUGCAAUGAGUCCGGCACAGGGAAUAUAACGCUCUGUCCGCUCUGUGAUAAGGCCUGCAGCUAUCAAAGACUAUCCGAAUCGUGCCUAUUCUCGCGUCUGACUUACCUCUUUGACAAUCCCUCGACUGUGUUUUUUGCCAUCUUUAUGUCCUUUUGGGCAACCACCUUCCUGGAGCUGUGGAAACGCAAACAAUCGGUUCUGGUCUGGGAAUGGGAUCUACACAAUGUGGAAAUGGAUGAGGAGAAUCGACCGGAGUUUGAAACCAAUGCAACCACAUUCCGCAUGAAUCCGGUGACACGCGAAAAGGAGCCCUACAUGUCCACCUGGAGCCGUGCCAUACGCUUUGUCAUUACCGGCAGUGCUGUGCUCUUUAUGAUCUCUGUGGUGCUGUCUGCCGUGCUGGGAACGAUUAUCUAUCGCAUAUCGCUGGUCUCGGUCAUCUAUGGCGGCGGCGGCUUCUUUGUGAAGGAACAUGCCAAACUGUUUACCACUGUGACGGCUGCUCUAAUCAAUUUGGUGGUCAUCAUGAUACUGACACGGAUCUACCACCGCAUGGCCAUCAAGUUAACCAAUCUGGAGAAUCCACGCACUCACACCGAAUAUGAGGACUCAUAUACCUUUAAGAUAUUCUUUUUUGAGUUUAUGAACUUCUACUCGUCGCUCAUCUACAUAGCCUUCUUCAAAGGACGCUUCUUUGACUACCCCGGCGAUGAUCAGGCGCGACGCAGUGAAUUCUUUCGGCUCAAGAAUGAUAUAUGCGAUCCGGCGGGCUGCCUCUCCGAACUUUGUAUACAAUUGGCUAUCAUUAUGGUGGGCAAACAGUGCUGGAACAACUUUAUGGAGUAUUUGUUUCCCAAAUUUUGGAAUUGGUGGCGUCAGCGAAAACAUAAACAAGCUACAAAAGACGAAUCGCAUUUGCAUAUGGCUUGGGAGCAGGACUAUCACAUGCAGGAUCCAGGACGCUUGGCACUCUUUGAUGAGUACCUAGAAAUGAUACUUCAAUAUGGCUUCGUCACGCUGUUUGUGGCCGCAUUUCCCUUGGCGCCGCUCUUUGCGCUGCUCAACAAUGUGGCCGAGAUACGUUUGGAUGCCUACAAGAUGGUCACGCAAGCCAGGCGGCCCCUGGCCGAGCGUGUGGAGGAUAUUGGUGCCUGGUAUGGAAUUCUGCGCAUAAUCACCUACACGGCUGUCGUAUCGAAUGCCUUUGUGAUCGCCUACACGAGUGACUUUAUACCGCGCGUCGUCUACAAGUUCGUCUACUCGGAAUCCCACACGCUGGCCGGCUACAUUGAGCACUCGCUGUCCAUAUUCAAUACGUCCGACUACAAGGAGGAGUGGGGCGCAACGAGCAGCGAACGCGAUCCAGAUACCUGCCAGUACAGAGGCUAUCGCAACGGGCCAAAGGACUACGAGCCUUAUGGACUGAGCCCCCACUAUUGGCACGUGUUUGCCGCACGGCUGGCCUUUGUUGUGGUAUUCGAGCAUGUGGUGUUUGUGCUAACGGGCAUCAUGCAGUUCAUCAUACCCGACGUGCCAUCCGAGGUGAAGACCCAAAUGCAGCGCGAGCAGCUGCUUGCCAAAGAGGCCAAAUACCAGCACGGCAUCAAGCGUGCCCAGGGCGACAAUCAGGAUAUCAUGAGCCUGUUCCGUGACGCCACCCAACGCACCUCUAUAGCCGGCAGCCAGUCCACAGCGCGUGGCAGCUGGGCGCGUCGCUUCAGUCGCUUGAGCGACGGCCUGGACGCCCAUGUCGAGGUUGCGGCUCGGCCGCGCCGCUCGGUGGAGUCCACAGUGUGGGAGGUUUCCUGACAUGAAGAGGAGGCCGAUGAGACCCCUGAGCAAGCAAAGAGAUGAAACAAAUCAAAUAUGACUCGAUCUCAUUAACUCUUCGAAAACAAUUCACACCCUCACUCUUAUAUUUUAUUCUGCCUAUAUGUUCGUUACCAUCUUCAUAUUUCCAAACUCAUAUUUA